AUGGAGAAAGGCGCCUCUGAACCGGACCCAUCCCGCCAGCGGAACGGGGUCGUGGGCGCGCUGUACGGGGAGUUCACCGACACGCUCAACGACCGGGUCCGGUACUCGGUGAGCUUGACGGAGAGCGCACUGACCGUCCAGAGGAUCUCCUCGUCACCCGGCCGGACUAAGGUGGUUUUUAACUUGAUGGACUGUGUGGGCUGCCGGGCGUUCAGAGGGCCGGACGGCGCGGACGUCGGCGCCUACUUUACAGCCUAUUUCUACCCGUUCAAGAGGCGCUGGAUGAGCGCCGGAGUGGCCCGGCAGAGAGUGGAGCAGUGCUUCAGGGUCGCGCUGGUCCAGGACCCGCUCGCCAACCUCCAGGAGGCUGAGAGGUGGGCUCGAGCCAUCAGGGAUGCUUCUGUGCUGCAGGCGCCCCGGAGAGACGGUGUGGCGUACGCAGAGGUGCGUCGGCCCUGCAGAGUCAUGAUUCUGGUGAACCCUCACAGCGGGCGCGGCCAGGCUCUCCAGCUCUUUACCGGCCACAUUCAGGGCAUGCUCACUGAGGCCGCUGUGCCCUACACGCUCGUCAUCACAGAGCAUCAGAACCAUGCACGAGAGGUGGUGAGGAAGGCGGAUUUGUCACAAUGGGACGCCCUGGUGAUCAUGUCUGGAGACGGGCUGCUGUUUGAGGUGAUAAAUGGUCUGAUGGAGCGAGAGGACUGGCAAGAGGCCAUCCAGACCCCUCUGGGUAUUCUACCAGGUGGCUCAGGCAACGCCCUGGCCGCCUCUGUCCACCACUACUCACAGUCACCUCCAGCGUGGAACGAGGAGCUGCUUUUGAGCUGCGGUUUCAUGCUGUGCAAAGGUCUGGUCGUCUCCAUGGACCUGGUGUCGAUCCACCUGGCCUCUCGGCAGCAUCUCUUCUCCUUCCUCUCCCUGGCUUGGGGCUUCGUGGCUGACGUCGACAUCGAGAGUGAGAAGUACCGCCAUGUCGGAGCAAUCCGCUUCCUGAUGGGCACCCUGGUGCGUCUUGCCACCCUCAGAGUCUACCAGGGCAGGUUAGCGUAUCUGCCUGUUAAGGAGGCGCCAAAACAUCCAAAAGGGAGCAUCAAAUCUAACCACCCUCCCUCCACACCUCAGCACCCCUCGCUUUGUUCCUCGCUCCCCUGUCGGCUCCUCCCCAACACCUCUCCAAACCAGAACUCUCGUUACAAUCACAACAGCACAAACUCCAACCACAACACCAUCACUAACUCCUCCAACAACGCCAUCACCACCAAGAGACCUGAGACGCAGAGUGAUGGCAAGACCAGAGCGCCAGAGGACUCUCUGCUCCCUGGCUUGGACCAGCCAGUCCCAGAGAGCUGGACGGUGGUUAAGGAAGAGGACUUUGUCUUGGUUUUGGCUAUUUACCAGUCCCACCUGGCUGAGGACCUGUGGACAGCCCCCGGCGCGGUGGCAGACGACGGAGUGAUUCAUCUGUUCUAUGUGACAGCAGGAAUCUCCCGUCCUGCACUCUUGCGCCUUUUUCUCGCCAUGGAGAAGGGUGGUCACUUGGCGUGUGGUUGCCCCCACCUGGUGUACGAGAAGGUGAAGGCUCUGCGGCUGGAGCCCGUCUCUCCGCAGGGCAUGAUCACUGUGGACGGGGAGAUGGUGGAGUACGGGCCCGUUCAGGCUCAAAUCCAUCCAGGACUGGCCAGACUCAUUUGUGGAUGAACUUGGAUUAUUUUAAUCUUUUCUGGCUGUAGAGCUUUCUAGUUUGGCCUUUUAUACUCAGUGUCGAUUUCUUUCUGUAUGCUGUGUUUUCAGAAGUGCCAAAGACAUUUUAUCAGCCUCUGGAAAUUCCUCUAUUUUUCUACAGAAAGAAUUUGUCCUAUUUUUAUCAGCC